AUGGCGGCGGGCUGGCCGGAGCUGGAGGCGGCGGCGCGGGAGCGGCGGCGGGAGCUGGCGCUGGCCGGGCCGGCCGUGGCGGAGCGGGUGGCGGCGGGCGGGGGGCGGCUGCCCGCGGCGCUGCUGGCGCUGCCGCUGCUGCAGUCGCUGGAGCUGAGCGGCUGCGCGGCGCUGCGGGAGCUGGGCCCGGGGCUGGCGGCCGCGCUGCCCGCGCUGCACACGCUGGUGCUGAGCGGCAAUGCGCUGGGCCCCGCCGGGCUGGGCGCGGGGCUGGGCGGGCCGCUGCCGGCCCUCCGCCUGCUCGACCUGUCCGGGAACGGCCUGGAGGCGCUGCCCGCCGCGCUGGGCGGGCCCGGGGAGGCCCCGGCGGGAGCCCCGGCCUUCCCGCAGCUGCGCAGCCUCAACCUGAGCGGCAACCGGCUGCGGGAGCUGGGCCCCGGGCUGGCCCGCGCCGCCCCGCAGCUGCAGGCGCUGCUGCUCUCCGGGAACCGGCUGCGGGCGCUGCCCGGCGGGCUCCUGCCCCCCGCUGCCGACGGGCCCUUCCCGCUGCUCAGCCGCCUGGAAGCGGCCGACAACGAGGUGGAGGAGCUGGGCGCUGACAUCGCCGCCCUGCCGGCGCUCAAGAGCCUGGACGUGGCCAACAACCAGCUGCGGGAGCUGCCCGCCGCGCUGGCCGACUGCCCCCGCCUGAAGGAGGCCAACUUCAGGGGCAACCAGCUGAAGGACAAGCGGCUGGAGAAGAUGGUCAACGGCUGCCAGACAAAGGCCAUCCUGGAGUACCUGCGGGCCGGCGGCCGCGGGAAGGGGAAGGCUGAGAACGCCAGAGAGGAGGCCAGGAAGAAGAAGAGGGAGAAGCAGCAGAAGAAGGACGGUGGGGAUGCAGAGCAGGAUGAGCUGGAGGAGGCGAGCAAGCUGCUGGUGAAGGUUCUGCACAUCUCUGAAAACCCAGCACCCUUGGUGGUCAAAGCCAGCCCAGGCGUCAAAGAUGUUCGACCCUUCAUUGUGUGCUGCGUGCUGAAGGGAGUGAACCUGAAGCCGGGAAAUGCUCUGAAGAGGUUCCUGACGGCACAGACUAAGCUGCACGAAGACAUCUGUGAAAGGCGGACAGCGGCCACAAUUGCCACCCACGACUUGCGGCUGAUCAAAGGUCCUCUGCUGUACGACGUGCGGCCUCCCGAGGAGCUGCAGAUAACGCCCCUGGGCCGCAGGGAGAUCAAGGCAAAGGAUCUUCUCCGCCAGCUGCAGUUAGAGGCUGAGGAGCAGAGGAAACAGAAGAAGCGGCAGAACGUUUCUGGGUUGCACAGGUACCUCCAGCUGUUGGACGGGAAAGAUAACUACCCGUGUCUUGUGGAUGCCGAGGGAGCCGUGAUUUCUUUCCCACCCAUCACCAACAGUGAGAAAACAAAGGUUAGAAAAGACACCCGGGAUCUGUUUCUAGAAGUGACGAGCGACUCCAGUUUACAGAUAUGCAAAGAUGUCAUGGACACGCUAAUUCUGAAAAUUGCAGAACUGAACAGAUCUACCUUGGAAAACAAGGAAGAGUCGGGCUCGGAUAACGAAUCGGAUGCUCUUUGUGGACCAGUGGACUUGGACCAGAACACACAGCCCAGGAACGUUCCGCUGGCACUGGAGCAGGUGCGGGUGGUGGACACGGAUGGAAACCUGAGAGUACUUUAUCCUUCAAAAACUGACCUAGCCGCAGUUUCCUCCCUUCUGACUGUAAUACGUUAGCAGCUAUCACAGCUAAGAAAAUUAUUCCAUUUUCUUUUUAUUUUCCCCGUAUUCAACACCGCCCCUCGCACGCAGUGAGGUGGUUUGGGUUUUAAGAUGCAGAGCAUCCCGCCUGGCCAGGGAGCGUUUCAUUCUUUCAGCCUUAAUAGAGUCACCAGUGUUCUGACCAGGUAGAGAUAACAGCGUCUUCAAACGUGAACUUACGGGCAGAGAGAGUGCAUGAACUUGUAAUCAUUGUGACGUGUUAGCAUUUAUCAAAGGAGCGUGCGGUCAUGUUUCUCUGUAAGAUCAGUGUUGCUUCCUGCUGCUUCAGCUGGAUUAUUGUUUUGGCAGCUAAGCUGAGAAAUCCAGUAGGUGACAGCAGUGAAACGGAGUCAUGUUAUAUGUACUGGUACUGAAGACAGAACGCAAAACUGCUUCGCUGACACCUCAUUCUGCAUCGUUUUAUAUCCGGAGUAAUUGUGAAAAGGUAGUUGCUGUUAGAACUUGAGGACUGAGUUCUAAGCGAUGGUUUCUGCGUUGGGCUGUGAACACAGCUGCCAUUUCAGGCUGAAUUUACUGCAGGGGUUUGUGUGUCGCAGUGCGUUAGAGCCAUCGUCCGUCCCUGUGGAAGUGCCAAUGCAGUGACCUCGUUGUGUGCUCCUGCAGUUACUGUUGGUCGAGCACUGAAUUUAUUCGUGCUCACAGAGUUCAGUUCCGUUCAGAGAGCUAACGCUGCCUUAGUCAACACUGCUAAAGCUCCUCAAAUGCCUGGAAUACCAGCACUCUUGCCCCCUCGGCCCUCCUCUGUCACUCCCACGUGAGAAUGUUGGGGACACCUUCCAGAAUACAGGUGGUUGAGAGGUUCUAAGUUCUGCAGUCCGCGGGGUGACGUUUCCAUCCAGGCUGCUAUCUGGAUGAAUGCAAACCUCUCCAUGAGUUGGGUGGCCUCGGGACAGGGUUUAGUUGUGGACUGGACAGUGCUGGGUUAAUGGUUGGACUGGAUGAUCUUAAAGGUCUUUUCCCAACCAAAACAAUUCUAUGAUCCUGGUACUUUUUUCUGUUAAAAAUGAUAUAGAGAGCUCUAACUGAACUUCCAGAUAGCACAUCAAAUAUGGCCAUGUGUUGGGACUUGCAUAUUGAGUGGAAAAAUAAACCAGUUCUUGCAGUCACUGUCA